AUGAUCUCGGCGGUAUUCGUCACACCGAUAUGCCUGCUCACAGUAACGGGCCUGAUCCUCGUCGCGAGGAUCGGGGUGAAGGCAGCCGUCACCAGGGCUUUUGAGCUGGAGGAUGGCCUCAUAAUCACGAGUUUUAUGUUCGCCCUCGUGCUCAACGUGAGCACGUCUCUCCUGACCGUCCUGGGCCUGGGAAGGCACCUGGGCGAUGUUGAGCCGGAACAUCUGUCCGCCUUCAUCAAGGCAAGAAGGAGCCCCGGCCGUGUUUCGAUAACAGCGGGCAUAUGCUACAGCAUGAGUAUGAUCCUCGCGAAGGCGGCCAUCAUGGAUCAUUAUCUCCGAGUUCUCGACAGCAACAAGAGCCAGCCGCGACUAUUCCUCAAGAGAGCACUUGUCUCACUACUUAUCGUACAGGGAGUUGAAGAGACGCUUGUCAGUCUGUUCUCAUGUCAGCCGCGCAUGGCCAUGGCUAUUGUGAAACUCGAUGGGAUCUGCUUCGAAAUGCGGCCGAUGUGGUUUACCGGGUUCACGUUGAACCUGAUUUUCGAUCUCGUAUUGGUUCUGCAGCCGGCUUUAGGAAUCUGGAACGCACGAGGCAUGUCACUGUCGGAGAAGAUUGGCCCGUUCCUGAGUCUGGUCGGCAUUAGCUUGGUCUUGGUAACAACGGUGGGGCGCGCAGCAGUUGUUGUCAACAUAAGUAACGACAUUACAUCCGAGGCGGACGCCAUCGUGCUAUAUUCGACCUUGCCAUCCUUCUUCAUCCUUGCCAGGGCACUGAGCAAGGCAAAGCGCCACCAGGACAAGCCGUCAAGCCGCACGAGGCAAAGUAGCAACGUGUCGAAUAAUAGAAGCGCGGCGCCCAGCGAUGGGACUGGAUCCCACGAGCUCUUGGCGCCACUGGACCCGCACCCAGGACAGCCGGUGCCGCUGAACGGGGGCCUGGGGCCUCUGGGGCCGACGCCUGGUGAGCGGGUGUCGUGGAUCGAGAAGAUCCAGGCAUUCCCGGUGGGAGAGAGCAGCCAGCAGGAGAUGGCAAGACGGCAGAUUGGCACGACUAGCGUGGUCGAGGUGCUUCCAAAGGCGCUGAUGCCGUCUGGUGAUGUGAUGGAGGUGGAGCAUAGCGGGAUAAUGGUGACAACGACAGUCAGGAGAGAAACAGCCCGCGACCCGGAAUAUCACGGGUGGGAACAUACCAACCUACCGCCCAGCACAUUAUUGCAAUAUUGA